AGCAGCAGAGACCUGGCAACCAGCUCUCCGCUGUGAGCCUUUGAUGAAGGGCUCAUAGCGCUGCUAAUUUCAUUCUUUGGAUGACUUGUAGUCAAAUGAUAAAAGCCCCAACAACGCUACACUGUUAUCUCACACCUUCUGCGACCGCCUCUCAGCGCUGUCACCAUGCCGAGUAAUAAGCCUGAUAAGCCAGAGGUGAGCGAUAACGUAAAGGUUGUGGUGAGAUGUCGUCCUCUCAACCAGAAAGAGAAGACGAUGGGCCACAAACAGGCCGUAGUCGUGGAUGAGAUCCGUGGGACCAUAACCGUCAACAAGCUGGAGACGCCCCAGGAGCCUCCCAAGACCUUCACCUUUGACACGGUGUUUGGACCAGACAGCAAGCAGCUGGAUGUGUACAAUCUGACAGCCCGGCCCAUCAUUGACUCAGUGUUAGAGGGAUACAAUGGGACAAUUUUUGCAUAUGGGCAAACUGGCACAGGGAAAACAUUCACCAUGGAAGGUGUGAGAGCCGUACCAGAACUCAGAGGGAUUAUCCCAAAUUCCUUUGCUCAUAUCUUUGGUCACAUAGCCAAGGCAGAGGGUGACACCAGAUUCCUGGUGCGAGUUUCCUACCUGGAGAUUUACAAUGAGGAAGUGCGAGACUUACUGGGCAAGGACCAAAUGCAGAGGCUGGAGGUAAAGGAAAGACCAGAUGUGGGUGUGUACAUCAAAGACCUGUCUGGUUACGUUGUGAACAAUGCUGACGACAUGGACCGGAUUAUGACGCUGGGCCACAAAAACCGGUCCGUUGGUGCCACAAACAUGAACGAACACAGCUCCCGCUCUCAUGCUAUCUUCACCAUCACCAUCGAGUGCAGUGAGAAGGGCGUUGAUGGAAACCAGCACGUGCGCAUGGGAAAACUGCAUCUGGUUGACCUGGCAGGCUCUGAGCGGCAGGGGAAGACCGGAGCCACCGGUCAGCGCUUGAAGGAAGCCACAAAGAUCAACCUGUCUCUUUCCACUCUGGGUAAUGUGAUCUCGGCCCUUGUGGACGGCAAGAGCACACACGUUCCCUACAGGAACUCCAAACUGACCCGCCUGCUGCAGGACUCGCUGGGAGGAAACUCCAAGACCAUGAUGUGUGCAAACAUAGGCCCUGCAGAUUACAACUACGAUGAGACCAUCAGUACUCUGCGUUAUGCCAAUCGGGCUAAAAACAUCAAGAACAAAGCCAGGAUCAAUGAAGAUCCAAAAGAUGCUCUGCUGCGCCAGUUCCAGAAAGAGAUUGAAGAGCUGAAGAAAAAACUGGAAGAAGGUGAAGAGAUAUCAGGCUCUGAGGGCAGUGGAUCAGAGGAGAUGGAGGAAGGCGACGAUGAAGGAGGCGAGCCAGGAGAAGUCCGGAGGAGACGAAGAGGAAGGAAGAAGGUGUCUCCAGACAAGAUGGUGGAGAUGCAGGCGAAGAUUGAAGAAGAAAGGAAGGCUUUGGAGGCCAAGCUGGACAUGGAGGAGGAGGAAAGAAACAAGGCAAGAGCAGAGCUGGAGAAGCGGGAGAAAGACCUUCUUAAAGCCCAACAGGAGCAUCACCUCUUGCUGGAGAAAUUGUCAGCCUUGGAGAAGAAGGUGAUUGUGGGCGGCGUGGAUCUCCUGGCCAAAGCCGAGGAGCAAGAGAAGCUCCUGGAGGAGUCCAAUAACGAGCUGGAGGAGCGCCGCAGGAGAGCAGAGCAGCUGCGCAAGGAGCUGGAAGAGAAGGAGCAAGAACGUCUGGACAUAGAAGAGAAAUACACCAGUCUGCAAGAAGAGGCUCAAGGAAAAACCAAGAAGCUGAAGAAAGUCUGGACGAUGCUGAUGGCCGCUAAAUCAGAGAUGGCAGAUUUACAGCAAGAGCAUCACAGAGAGAUUGAGGGCCUCCUGGAGAACAUCCGGCAGCUGAGCCGAGAGCUCCGGCUCCAGAUGCUCAUCAUCGACAACUUCAUUCCCCAGGAAUACCAGGAGAUGAUCGAGAACUACGUGCACUGGAACGAAGACAUUGGAGAGUGGCAGCUGAAAUGCGUGGCUUACACCGGCAACAACAUGAGGAAGCAAACGCCCGCUCCAGACAAAAAAGAAAAAGAUCCGUUUGAGGUGGAUCUGUCCCAUGUGUACCUCGCCUACACAGAAGAGAGCAUGCGGCAGUCACUGAUGAAACUCGAGAGGCCCCGAACCUCUAAAAGUAGCAAGAGCGGCCGUCCAAAAACUGGACGAAGGAAAAGGUCUGCGAAGCCCGACGCCGUGAUCGAGUCUCUGCUGCAGUGAUGAUGACAGCACUUCGCUUCGCUGCUGCACUCGUGUUACUGAAAAGAAUCUGUUAGUCCACUUAAUCGAUGAACGUUUAUUUAAAAGCUGAUCUGCAUACACUGUAUAGCCACUAAGAUCUAAAUGUGAAGGAGCUUCUCCUGUGAUAGGAUUAACACAUAAAUGAGAACUGACUGAGUUUGUCUAAUGUUCUGAUGUUUUAGCAUACGUUUCAUUGGAAUUGAAUUGAUUUGCAAAGCCACAAAAUGAAUCUCAAACAAAUGUCUCGAGCAGCACUGCAACAUUUUGACGGCUGAUCCAAAAGAAGCAACAGGCUGAGUCAUGAUGUUGACAAUCAUGGUCAUCACGAUCAAGCUGCAAAAUACUCACAUCUGCUACAGUUUGCUGACUCUCUGAAAUGCAUAAGUGCACAGAUUUAAGUCUUGACUGCUGUUUUUCCUGAUUUCCUGCAAUGUAACAGGCUGAGUCCGAUAAAGUGAUCCAUCCCGAUGUGGACACAUCAUGAUUAAAGUCGAAUUAAGAGUGCAUUUUUACGAAAACAAAGUUAUUCUUCUCUGAAAGCAAGCAAGAGCCUUUGUCUUUCUUCCAGUGGAACAUGUCGAGCUGAGUCGGCACAAAGAGACAAAAUUGUGUACAUAAAGUGUAUUAAUGGAAAAAGUGUGCUUUAUGUUAGUGCCAUUUGCUGAUUUAAGCAAGUUUCAUCUCGUAUUUCAGUGUAGGGACAUUGAUUUUACUGCGAUACACCUCACAUGUUGUAUGCCUUAGUAUAAUGCACUCAUCUAAGGGUUUUUUUUUUUUUUUGUUGUUGUAGAAAUCAAUUUUGUGAUCUUCUGUAGUAGGAGCAAAGCUGCCUUUUCUUUUGUAUCAUAUUAUUUGACAGAUGUUUACAUCCACCAAAACCCCUGGAUUUUAUUUAUUAAAUUAUUUUACAUGUUUUA